AUCUCAUUUCAUUGGUCAGAAGGUAAUACUUGGAAUGUCAAUGGGGUAGAGUCGUCAUGAUAAUUCAUCUCUAAAGUCAACUACCCCGUACAAGCACCAGGGAAUGCCUUGACGCGUCCAUUUGUCCACCCACUGGGCAGCGUGUCAGAAGCCAUGUCUGAAGAUAGCACCGCGAGCAGCUCGCCCUUCGCUCCUCGGCGACAUCGCCGUGGGCUGACUCGCAUUGCUGCUGCCUGUGAACGCUGUAGGCGUCGGAAGCAAAAGUGUGAUGGCAGAACUCCGACAUGUGGUGCAUGUGAUACUGCUGGCGCGAGCUGUAUUCCAUCAGAUCGGCUAGUAGUGCGCCAAUCAGAUAGCGAGCGAGACGUGUUACGUUCCCAGUUGGGACAUCUGCAGCAACAGCACAAUUCACUGUUGCAACAGUUUGACCAGUUACGAGCUGAGGUUUCUCGACGUGAUUCUGUGAGUGUGUCAGACAUGGCUUCUCCAGAGACUUUGGCUAUAGUCCCCCCUUUGUUGCAACACCAUGGCCGGGUGCUGAAUUUGGACAUCCCCUACUCUGGUCGUAUCCUGCGGCCUACGUUUUCCAGGCGAUCAACUGUCAGAGACCUGAACUGGAGUGCGCUAAGCAGCGCUUGGGAUCUAUGGGGAGAUGAUACAGCACCAAAUUAUGUGUCUCAGGCGUUCUCCAUCCCAGUGGACUUUGAUGUGAAUGCAUACAGGAGCCUGGUGAACACUUUUUUUGACUGCAGAUGGCCAUAUUUACCGGUCCUCCACCGUCCAUCAUUCACCACGAAGCACUUGAAUCCAUUUCUCUCCAAGUCAACAAAAAGUUCUAUAUCCAAUUUUAUGGUUAAUAUGGUCUGUGCUGUUGCGGCGACUGAAAAAUCGUGGCUUCAGCAUGAGGACGGCCAGAUUCAUCGGGCCUUUUUCGGUCGUGCUGUACAGGAUUUGCACAUAGUAAUUGGCAGUGAUGACCUAGAAUGCGUACAAUGUCUGUUGCUUCUAUGCAUGUACGGGCAUAAUGAACCGCAAUCUGUGAAUAUGUGGUAUACAACGAGCCUUGCCCUCCAAUUGGCCAUUGGAAUUGACUUGCACCGCAAGGAAAGCCUGACCUCCCAGAGUUUACUUUGCACAGAGAUGUCAAAACGAGUCUUCUGGUGCUCGUAUGUUAUGAGUUGCAAUAUGGCCAUCAACAUGGGCCGGCCCUUGGGGAUCCACGAAUCCGACAUCACAACACCAUUACCGCUUCCAUUGGCUGACGACCAACUAAGUGACUCAUGCGUUCACCCUACUCUCUCCCAGGCGGCCAUAUCUCAAGUUCCAGAUACGUCGGCUUUCAUUCACAUUAUUCAGCUACGGAAAAUCAAUGCGGCAAUAUACCAUUCCUUCCACUCGAUAGGACGACGCACCAAUGAUUCCCAGGAACUAGACUCGCUGCGAAAACGGUACUUUUCUGAAUUGAAUCAAUGGCUCAUGACUGCACCACGGUAUCCCCGACCGUUUUGCACUUUCCAAACCAAUGAGUGGUUCCAUAUCGCUUUUCACCAUGCAACAUUGUCCCUCUACCGCCCCUCUCGGGCUAUUCCAAUGCCAUCGUCUGAGGACCUUCGGAUUUGUAUGGAAUCUGCGAUUGGCCUGAUAAGCUCAUACAGCUCUCUGUAUGCAAGAAACCGGAUCAAAUAUACGUUCGUGGCCAUACAUUCCCUGUUCAUGGCGGCUGUUGCGAUGCUUUACGCUCUCCGGGCUUCUCCGCCACUGCGGCAGGAAUUGACACAUCCGGUUGUACAAACUAACAUAGUCACAUUUCUCACCCUUUUUCGCGGGAUUUCAAAUGGCCGGGCCGUAGGGGAGAAAUGCUCCCGGAUAAUUGAACGGUUGGGUAAUUCUAUUCUGUCGCUAUUUGAUGAUACAACCAUACCGAGUGCCGAAGUGGACACCGAGUUCCAAUCGUGGUUUGGUCUCCAGACUCAUACGUUUUCUACUGCCACAAAAAGUCAGCAUGGAGGGCUGCUGGAUAAUGCGACUCCACAAUUCCCCGAGAUCGACCUUCCAUGGGCAGAUCUGUUCGUUGAGGGCAUCGACAUGGGCUCUACUGAUGUUUCGGGAUUUUUCUGUUGAUCUUACACAUGAUACUAUUUCAAACUUUGACAAUGGAUGAUAGACUGCAUGGACGUAUUUGUUAUGACUACCAUCCAAUAUAACCUUCAAUAUCCAGAUUGAC